AUUUACGCCCGCUAAACGGUCUUUCCCAGGCGCGAACUACACUAAAUACUUUUGCAUAAAGUGGCCAUAACCAAUUAUUGUCCAACAUCCGCAUUUCCAAAGGGUUGACUAAAUGCAGGCGGAAGCCAAAUCUUUCAAAAAUUAAAGCUUUACGUGGACACCUGGAUUCAAGCGCCACAGCCGUGAAUGUAAUCUUGAAAACGCGAAUAGAGAGAUUUGCAAUGCCGUUGAUUAUACAUAUCCUCCUUUUGAAUGAACCCUAUUGACAAAACAAACCAUUGUCAUAGCAACAAUAUUGCAUUCUCUGAAAAGUCAUUUCCACUAAAAGCCUGUCCAUUUUUAUCUAUAAAUCAGUACUAAAUAAAAUUACAUUUUAAAAAAUGAUGGCUGCUAAGGAAGAACCUGAAGUCAAGCCAAAGCGCCGGGUCCCCUUAUAUCCUGGCUUCCCAGAACUGGCGAGAUCUGAUGUCAGCAUUUAUCCAUCUUACUCUAAGUUGGCUUUAGCAUACCGAGUGGUCUGCCGCCACCGUUACCACUUUGCCAAGGUAGCCCAGCGAAAGCAGUUCAUGAAGGAGCUCUUCAGCUUCGAGAAGCUCCAGCCGAAUGCCCUGGACGGGGUCCGCGUCCACCGGGAGUUCUCCCAGGGCAUCCUCUCCCAUAAGAUACCACCGCGCCGGUACAUCCAGAAACUCACCCCGGAUCCUCUGGAUUCCCACCAGAGAAUGAGAGUGGAAGAGAUCAUCAGUGGUAGAGUGGAUUUCAGCCAGAAAUAAUUUCGAAUGUAAUAAGUAGCUACAUAGGGCCAGUAGUUUAGUGGACCCUGGGCUACGACGCUCAACAGCUGGAAUACAACUGGGAAUGUGCUCUGAUGAAAGUGACAUAAGGGCAGAAGUAGUCAAGCUUUAAAAAUAGAAUUGGCUUAAUUCUAAAAUUAUAUAUUUUUAUUUUAGCUUGUGUAAGGUUUUUACAUUCAUUGGUGUGUCACAAAUCAAUAAUAGAAAUCAUACUAAUCAUAAAAUCUACAAAAGGCUUGUCUACACUCCUGUUAUCAAUUCUCAAGCCAGAUGACCAUUUUUAUGUAGUACACAAAUGUUAUUUGGUCACUGCAAAGUAUGUAUGUAUAGCACAUUUUAGACCUACUUAUGUAGUACAUAAAUUCAUAAAAAUAAUCAACAAUCAUAAAUCAAACAAAGUUUAAUAAUAAACGUUUAUUUGUCGACAG